AUGACGGCCAACCGACCGGGCCUGACCUAUGAGAGCCUUCUCCCUGGCGACGCCUCCACCCAUGUGAUUGACAGCUUGGAAGAAGAUAAAAAGUACACCGUCACUAUCUAUGCUGUGUACCCCGAGGGCCCCAGCGAACCAGUCUCCAUAAUGGGCCAAACGCUGAAACUGGUUUCCGUGGAGCAGCUGCUGGUUCAGAACGCCACGACGGACACGCUGCAGGCCCGUUGGACGGCGGUGAAGGGGGCCACCGGGUACCGGCUCACCUGGGUGUCCGCAGAUGGCGACAUAGAGAACAUCAACCUGGCAGAGAGCUACAGGUUCUACAUGAUCCAGGGGCUCCGUACGGGCUCAGAGUACAUCGUCACCAUCAACCCCAUCUUCGUAGACAUAGAGGGCCCGGUCACCAGCAGCAAGGCCAAGACACUGGAGAGUGGUGCGGUCCAGUCCCUGAAGGUGGCAGCAGUGAACACCAACAGUGCUGUGGUGUCAUGGAACAGAGUCCCCGGGGCCACGGGCUACAGACUGGCCUGGGGGCCCACACAUGAGUUCACGGGUCGGGACCGGCCCCGGCAGGUGGCGCUGAACAGCAGCACCACCGAGUACCACCUGAGGAACGUGGUGUACGACACCGAGUACGUCCUGUCCCUCUACGUGCUGUUCGGCACCGUGGUGGGACCUGGCAUCACUGCCACCUUCCGCACCUCCCCCCUCGGCUACGUGUCCAACUUCGAGGUGGUCUCCUACACCAGCACCUCCAUCGACGUGGAGUGGAGUCCCAUCGUGGGCGCCACUGAGUAUAAAGUCACCUGGAAGACAGAUGAUGGUACCAGCCCCCAGUCCCGUUACCUGGAGAAGAGUGUCCUGUUCCAGCGCGUUGAAGGCCUGAGGCCCGGGACGGCCUACACAGUCAGCAUCCACGCCGUCUACGGCAACACGGAGGGGCCAGAGAUAUCCCUGUCCCAAUUCACAGCCGCGCUCUCCGGUUCGGAGCUGAUCCAGACCGUGAGGGAGGUGAAGCUGGUGGACAUCGAGGUCAACUCCAUCAGCCUGUCCUGGAGGGCCACCAACGGGGUGACGGGCUACAAGGUCUCCUGGAGCCACUUCCAGGGGGGCGGUGUGAAGUCCCAGCUUGUGCCAGCCCCUGCCACCACCUUCACCAUCCCCGACCUGCAGGGCAGCUCGGCCUAUAAGAUCCAGGUGUCCUCCAUGUUGGGCAGCAGGGAGGGGAGCCCGGCACUGGUCACCGCUCGCACACUGGACCUGCCCAAGGUGAACGGCUUCACAGCGCUCAACACCACGGACAGUGGAACGCUGCUCAGCUGGGCCAGCGUGGCCGGGGCCUCGGGGUACCUGCUGUCAUGGAGGCACAUCUCAGAGCUGGACACCAAGACGGAGACCCUGGGCCUGGCCACCUCCUACAAGGUGCUGGACCUUCUGUACGGCCGGACCUACCUCUUCACCAUCAGACCUCUGUACGGGGAGGUGGAGGGCCCCGUCACCACCGUCUACCAGAGGAUACUGGCUCCGGAACCUCCCCUGGUACCAGUCCGGCCAGUAGCUCCUCCCCUGGUACCAGUCCGGCCAGUCUCUCCUCCCCUGGUACCAGUCCAGCCAGUAGCUCCUCCCCUGGUUCCAGUCCAGCCAGUAGCUCCUCCCCUGGUUCCAGUCCAGCCAGUAGCUCCUCCCCUGGUUCCAGUCCAGCCAGUAGCUCCGCCCUCAUCUCGCCUCGACCCCGCCUCCCCUCCCGUGGCCGUCGCCGUACCCACGGGGGAUCGAGGAACCCCCAAGAGCAGCCCCACCCCCGCCAGGACCCUGACCAGCGUGGUUACCAUGGCAGCCGUCACUCCCACCAGCCCCCCCCCAGUGCCCAAAGCAGAGACCACGCCCCCUGCUGGGCCAGCGUGCGGUAAGGUCAAAGCCGACAUUGUGUUCUUGGUGGACGAGUCGUCCAGCAUCAGCGCAAACAACUUUGACAAAAUCAAGGACUUCCUCUUCAGAGCAGCCACGUACUUCCCAAUCAUUGGUCCUCAGGGCACUCAGUUUGCCGUAGUUCCCUUCAGCAACGAGCCGCGGAUAGAAUUCCGUCUGAACGCCUUCAAGGACCGAAACUCUCUGCUCAGAGCCAUCAGAGCACUGCGCUACGGUGGAGGAAACACCAGAACAGGGCAGAGCAUGGGCUUCGUGCUGGAGGACGUGUUCCAGGAGGCCCAGGGGAUGAGGCAGGACGUGGCCCACGUCAUGGUGCUGAUCACGGACGGCCGGGCCCAGGACGACGUGCUGCCCCCCUCCAGGAUGGCACGCGCUCUGGGCGUCAGUAUUCUGGCGGUGGGGGUGGCUAACGCAGACCUGGAGGAGCUGAAGCUGAUCGCCGCCCCCACCAACUACAAGAACAUCUUCUUCUCCCCCACCUUUGAGGACUUUCCCUCGGUGGAGCGGGAGUUCAUCCAUAGCCUGUGCAGCGAGGAGCUGCUGUCUGAGUACCAGCUGGCGGACCAGUCCUCCCAGCUAGACCCUCCCACUGGGGACGCCGAGGAGCUGAAGGAACCAGAGGGACCUUCAUGUCUCUCCAAGUGUAUGAAGGGACAGAAAGGUGAAAAGGGGACUGGCUCUGGUCUUGGAGGAUUGAGAUUUCAACAAACCCCUGGAAAGCCAGAUCCCUUUGCGCCAUCCAAAGGGGAAAGAGGGGAGAAGGGGCCUUCCGGAACAGAUGGUAUUCCUGGGUUGCCGGGGAGACCGGGAAGGUCUGGACCUCCCGGUUCUGCCGGCCAGCGGGGUGGCCAAGGUGUUCCCGGGGACAUGGGCCCUCCUGGAAACACAGGGUCCAAGGGCCAGAGGGGAGAGAGGGGCGACCCGGGAUACGUGAUCGGGGGCACGGAGGCCGGCUACGUCCCGGGACGGAAAGGAGAACCCGGUUCCUCUGGCCCCCAGGGGCCUGCGGGGGUGCCGGGGGUGUCUGGAGCCCAAGGCCGGCCGGGACAGGAGGGCCUCGCUGGGCCCCCGGGGACAUCCAUCAAGGGUGACACAGGAGAGCCUGGGGCUAAAGGUCUGCGGGGGAAGACGGGGCAGAAGGGAGACCCGGGAGAUCAGGGAAGAGAUGGAACGGCGGGACUGCCCGGUCCGAUCGGGAUAGACGGAGUGCCUGGGUCCCCCGGGGACGAGGGACAAAAGGGUGAACAAGGAAUAGGAAUACAAGGAGUACAAGGCCCGCGUGGAUUUGCAGGAGAAAAGGGUAACAUCGGAUUCUCAGGACCAAUGGGACCCAAGGGGGCCACCGGCGACCAGGGCAUCCAAGGAGUCACCGGUCUUCGGGGGAAAAAGGGGUUGAAAGGAGAGCAGGGUGAAAAGGGGGACGGAGGCGAGAGGGGCCUGGUCGGUCCUCAGGGGCCUCUCGGGCAGAAAGGAGACCACGGACACAAAGGAGACGAGGGGCUCCGGGGGUCGCCUGGGGACCCCGCUAAGGGGAUACUCGGUCCGACGGGGAAGAAAGGAGCCAGGGGGGACGUGGGCCCAGUAGGCCCACUCGGCCAGCAGGGGGUCAAAGGACUGCAGGGGAUCAAGGGAGAAAAGGGCAGUCCCGGUUUCGGCGUUCCAGGACUGCAGGGACCCAAGGGAGAGAACGGGGAAAGAGGAAAUGUUGGUCUAUCGGGGAAGCCAGGGCAAAAGGGGCAAGAUGGCUCAAAGGGUGAAGGUGGGGGUCUUGGGCUCCCUGGAAACCCUGGAGCUCCGGGAUUAAGAGGUAAAGAUGGUGAGGCGGGAACUAAAGGAGAACGUGGUACUCCGGGUGAACUGGGACAAGGUGGACGGCCCGGGGAUCGAGGGAUUAGGGGGCCACUGGGCCUGCCGGGCCGCCCAGGGGACCCAGGGGGCAGAGGAGAAGGAGGCAAGCACGGCCUGCCGGGAACAGACGGCAAGAAGGGGGACAAAGGAGACAGCGGAAAGCCAGGACCUCCUGGAACAGCCCAUGUAACGUCGGACAACAACAUACUGACCCGGGUGAUUAAGGGUGAGCCUGGUGAUCAGGGGCCCACGGGAGAGACAGGAAUGCCUGGCCCAAGGGGUCCAGAGGGGAAGCCCGGCCCACCCGGCCCGUCCCAGGGUGGGACCGGCCACCAACUGGAAGCUGUUGCAGGCGUAGCAGGAGCCCAGGGUGAACAGGGGACGAGGGGAGGGACGGGGACGAAAGGGGACAGAGGAGAUCAAGGCCGUGUUGGGAUUGCUGGUGUACCUGGUUUGCCUGGAACACCAGGGAAGGCUGGCAUUGACGGGAAGAGAGGCAUGGCAGGAAAAGACGGGGAAAAAGGAACCAAAGGAGAAACUGGCAACACGGGGGAGAGGGGCCAGGCUGGGGCCAAUGGUAAAGACGGCAGUAAAGGGGAACUGGGUGCUCCAGGAUUACCCGGAACCAAAGUCCUGGUGACUCCAGAGGGUGCCACCGUUGAAGAGAUCCGCCAGGCCUUCCCGAUGCCGAUGGGUCCCCCCGGAGUCACUGGUGCACCGGGAAUGAAGGGCGAAACAGGGGUGCAAGGUUUGAAAGGAGACCGGGGUGAUGUGGGGCCCCCCGGCAAGGCCAUUCAGAUGAAGGACAUUGAAGCCAUGUUCGAAGCCUAUGGAAUCAGGCUGCCCCUGCUCAAGGCCCUGGUGGACCACCUGCUGCAGGACGGAGUAGAGGAGCUGCUGCACGUGCUCAGCUCCACCAAGAGGCUCCAGGAGGUCAAGGAGACGCACGGCUCCAACGCCAUCCCUGAAUACACAAACUCUCUGGAGUAUGAGCUGAGCAGCCAGCCCCUGACGAAGGAGGGGUACCUGCCCGAUGUGGACGGACAGACGCCCCCGCCCGCCUCUGCUGCCGUGCUCAACGGAACCACGGUGGGCCAAAGUGCAUCAUGGGAGCUGUCGGGGGCGGACCGGGCCCCGGAGCCCAACGUCACCCAGAGCCGGCCCGACGGCCCCGGGCUGCAGGGCCGUCUGGAGGGCAACGUCAGCGCUGAUACCCCCCGGCUCCAGAUGAACCUGACCCUGGUCAACGCUCCCUCCAACGACAGUUCAUCCAAGGAGAAGAUCUCCCGCCUGCCGGAGGUCGUCAUGGAGACGGUGGUUGUCACACAGGAGGAGGCUGAGAAGAAGGGUUCGGCAGAGAAGAAGAAGAACAAGGAACGCGGGAAGGGCAGAGGGAACAAAGGACGACAUAAGAGGCAGAGACAACGCCUGGCCAGCGAGCAAGGGGAGGAAGAGGAGGAGGAGGAGGAGUACUAUAAUGGUGAAGAGUACGCGUAUGAGUACGAGGUAGAACCUAUCACAGACGGCUUCCCCCUCUCUGAGGAAGAAAAGAUUGGGUGGACAACAGCAGAGCCUCUAUUUCAAAUGACGGGUUUUAAAGAACAGGAGGAGGAUGUACCAACAAUCAAUCCUCUCAACACAACAGAAGUAGCAGAACAGAAAAAGCCACAAGCAGCCCCAGAUCCCCCGACCGCCUCGAGGAGAGGAAGUCUGGAGCGCAGGAAGCGACAGGCAGGAGACCGGGGGACGGACAGAGCGGCCACAGAGAGUCCCCUGGACCAGACGGAGCGCAGGAAGCGACAGGCAGGAGACCGGGGGACGGACAGAGCGGCCACAGAGAGUCCCCUGGGCCAGACGGAGCGCAGGAAGCGACAGGCAGGAGACCGGGGGACGGACAGAGCGGCCACAGAGAGUCCCCUGGGCCAGACGGAGCGCAGGAAGCGACAGGCAGGAGACCGGGGGACGGACAGAGCGGCCACAGAGAGUCCCCUGGACCAGACGGAGCGCAGGAAGCGACAGGCAGGAGACCGGGGGACGGACAGAGCGGCCACAGAGAGUCCCCUGGACCAGACGGAGCGCAGGAAGCGACAGGCAGGAGACCGGGGGACGGACAGAGCGGCCACAGAGAGUCCCCUGGGCCAGACGGAGCGCAGGAAGCGACAGGCAGGAGACCGGGGGACGGACAGAGCGCCCACAGAGAGUCCCCUGGACCAGACGGAGCGCAGGAAGCGACAGGCAGGAGACCGGGGGACGGACAGAGCGGCCACAGAGAGUCCCCUGGACCAGACGGAGCGCAGGAAGCGACAGGCAGGAGACCGGGGGACGGACAGAGCGGCCACAGAGAGUCCCCUGGGCCAGACGGAGCGCAGGAAGCGACAGGCAGGAGACCGGGGGACGGACAGAGCGGCCACAGAGAGUCCCCUGGGCCAGACGGAGCGCAGGAAGCGACAGGCAGGAGACCGGGGGACGGACAGAGUGGCCACAGAGAGUCCCCUGGACCAGACGGAGCGCAGGAAGCGACAGGCAGGAGACCGGGGGACGGACAGAGCGGCCACAGAGAGUCCCCUGGACGAGACGGAGUGGGACGUAGAAGAAGAAGAAGAGAUGGAGGCGGCGCCGGGCGUGGACGGAGAGAGGGAGGACGAUGAGCUGGAGGCAGACAGAGAGAGGGAGAGGCUGGAGAUGGAGAGGGAGCGGCUGGAGCUGGAGAAGGAGAGGGCGAGGGAGGCCGAGGUGGGAGGGCGGGAGAGGGGGGAGACGGAGGAGGAGGUGGGGGAGAGGGACCUGGAGAGGGAGAGGGGGGAGUGGGAGAGACAGAGGGCGGAGAUGGAAAGGGAGAGGGCAGGGCUGUACGACGAGGAGACGGGCACGCCCCCGCCCGUUCCUCCGCACUAUUUCUUUUUGAAGGGAGCCCCCGGUGAGGACGGGAAGCUCGGAACAAAGGGAGAGAUCGGGGAGCCAGGACAAAAGGGUGAGCCCGGCGUCGGGUACAGAGGGCCAGCGGGCCAGGCUGGACCUCCAGGACUCAAGGGUGAACCAGGUGACCCGGGACCACCCGGUGCUCAAGGUAUCCAGGGUAUCCGUGGUAACCUCGGUUUGCAGGGCUCUGCGGGCUCCAGGGGCCACCCAGGGGACCCGGGCGAGGCGGGGAGAGAGGGAGACCGGGGGAGAAGAGGGAAGAACGGCUCUCCAGGGACCCCUGGAGUGAAGGGCCCCCCCGGGCUGCAGGGCUCCUCGGGUGUUCCUGGUGGGAAGGGAGAGAAGGGCGACAGCAUCCCUGGGGAGCCGGGGGCCCGGGGAACGGCCGGCCUCUCCGGCAAAAGAGGGGAACGGGGCGUUCCAGGAAGCAAAGGUUCUCCCGGACACUUUGGUUCAAAGGGCUUCAAUGGCGGUAAAGGGGAAAAGGGCGACCGCGGACUAGCUGGCAUCAGAGGAGAGAGAGGGAGUCCUCUUCAGAUUGUUGGGCCGCGGGGAUACAAGGGGACCAAGGGAGAGAUGGGAACGAGAGGAAUGCCCGGGUUCGACGGAGACAAAGGAGAGAAGGGAGAAGACGGGCCACCGGGUGUCAAGGGGCUGAAGGGAGACGCCGGCGCCAAGGGGGGAGUCGGCCCGUUUGGGGCCCGGGGCCCUGUGGGCCAGAAGGGGGAUCCUGGGGAGCCCGGUAUCAAUGGGGAAAAGGGCCGUAACGGGGAUCACGGAGUGGACGGGACGAAGGGAGACAAGGGGGAGAUCGGCCUGCAGGGAAAGAGAGGAGACCAGGGAGAUGCAGGAGAACAAGGUCCAUCUGGAGAUACAGGCCAGAGGGGACAGAAGGGUCUCCAUGGGAUACUGGGACGUAUGGGCAGUCCUGGGCUGACCGGGGGAAUGGGUGAAAUGGGAUCCCCCGGCAACCCGGGAAUGCCCGGACUUAACGGUAUCACAGGGCGCAAGGGGGAUAAGGGCGAUGGAGGCAUCGAUGGGAUUGAUGGCACUGCUGGACUGAAUGGCGUUAAGGGCGCCAACGGCUUCCCUGGCUUCCCAGGGUUCAAGGGAUCAUCUGGGACCCCAGGGAGAGAUGGAGAUCAGGGACUGCCUGGUGCUGUAGGAUCACGAGGAGACCGAGGGGCUAAGGGGGCGAGGGGCAGAAGGGGACGAGCCAAACCGUGUGAUCUAGGACCCCCUGGGAUACCUGGAGACAGAGGGGACAGUGGAGGGACGGGAGACGGGGGAGUCAAGGGAGAUAAGGGAGAGGCCGGUCUCUCUGCUGAGCAAUUGAAGGACCUCGUCACCAAAGAGGUGGUGGGGAAGUGUGGGAUGGACUUCCAGCUCAUCGUGCGGACCAGCGACCCGGACACUGGGCUGUCCGCCCGCCGGCCGGAGGCGACGCACGCUCUGGGCGCACCUGGCCCCCAGCAGGAAGGAGGGGCGGCAGGACAGGAACCCGGGGGGAGCCCCGCCCCCGCCAGAGACGACAUGGCCCCCCCAAUCCUCAACCGCACUGAUUCUGUUGGAGAAGGAGGUUUCGAGGGGGCACCUAGGACGAAGAGGAGGAUACUAGGACGAAGGUUUACUGGUCUGGGGGUGGACCGCUGUCUGGAGCCCAUGCUGGAGGGCGGUUGCUCGGAGUACGUGCUGCUCUGGUACUUCCACCGCGGGGCGGGUGACUGCCGGCCCUUCGUGUACGGCGGCUGCGCCGGGAACCUGAACCGCUUCCCCACGCGGCGCGAGUGCCAGAAGUGGUGCGUGAAGGAGAGGAAAGAUCCGGAACACUGGGGCUGAAGCCAAACAAGACACUUUUUUUUGCACAUAAUGGUGUAGAUGUUUGAUGUUUGUUCUGAUGUUGUGCUCCUGUAUAUAAUAAGGAUAAUGCCACCAAUGUUUUUAUAUGGACGAUGUUUACUGUAAAGCGUAACCACUGCGAAGUUUCAUGUUUUAUAUUGUAACCUCUUCACUUGUUUUCUAUUCACUGCGUUGGACUGCAA